AUGAAAUUUAACAAGUCAAAAUGCCGAAUUCUGCACCCGGGACGGAGUAAUGCCAAGCACGAGGAUAAAUUGGGAGAGGAGUGGCUGGAGAGCCGCCCUGCAGACGGGGAGCUGGGGGUGCCGCGUCCCGGGGCGCAUCAAACGCAGCCGGACGAGGGGGGGGGGUUUGUCCCGCUGCGUUCAGCGUUGGUGCGGCCUCAGCUCGAGUGCUGCGGGCUCCCCGGUUUUAAAAAGGAUGUGAAGGUGUUUGAAAGUGAACUUGAAUGCAGAGGAGGGGGAACAAAGGUGGCGAAGGGCUGGGAGGAACGUCCUGCGGCUGAGGAGUUUGGAGAGAAGGAGGCUGAGGGGCGACCGCGUCGCUCUCGGCAGCUUCCCGAGGUGGGGACGCGGAGAGCCGAGCUCUUCUCCCUGGGAUCCAGGGACGGGACGCGUGGGAAUGGCUCGAAGCUGCGCCGGGGGAGGUUCGGGUUUGAUAUCGGGGAGCGUUUCUUUACCGAGAGCGCGGUCAGACGCUGGAACGGGCCGCCUGGAGAGGCGGUCGAUGCCGUGCGCCUGGCCGGCGUCCAGAGGCGUCGGGACGAUAUCCCCUAUGGGAAAAAAUACGACAAGUCAUGGUUGCUGAGCUCCAUCCAGAACCUUUGCAGCGUUCCCUUCACUCCCGUCGAGUUCCACUACGACCACAACCGAGCCCAGUUCUACGUGGAGGACGCCACCACCGCCAGCGCCCUUAAGCAGGUCUCCCGUAAAAUCACCGACAGGGACAACUACAAGGUGGUGAUAAUUAUCAACUCGUCAGCUCCGCCUCAGUCCCUGCAAAACGAGCUGAAACCGGAGGAGAUUGAGCAACUGAAGCUCUGCAUGAGCAAGAGAUACGAUGGUUCGCAGCGGGCGUUGGACCUCAAAAGCCUCCGCGUCGACCCGGAUUUGGUGUCGCAGAGCAUCGACGUGGUGCUGAACCAGCGGAGCUGCAUGCUGGUCGUGCUGCGCAUCAUCGAGGACAACAUCCCCGAGCUGCAGUCCCUAAACCUGAGCAGCAACAAGCUCUACCGCCUGGACGACCUGUCCGAGCUGGCGCAGAAAGCCGCCGGCCUCAAGAUCCUCGACCUCUCUCGCAACGAGCUGAAAUCGGAUCGGGAGCUGGACAAGGUGAAGGGGCUCAAACUGGAGGAGCUUUGGCUCGAUGGAAACCCGCUCUGCGACGCUUUCCGGGACCAGUCUACCUACAUCAGGUCAGUGUUAGCCUUGGGGCGCUUCGACGUGGAGGCCCCCCCGACGCUGCCCCCCUGCAAGGGCAGCUACUUCGGCUCAGACGACCUGAAAGUUUUGGUGCUGCGGUUCUUACAGCAGUAUUACUCCAUCUACGACUCCAGCGACAGGCAGGGGCUGCUGGACGCUUAUCACGACGGGGCCUGCUGCUCCCUCAGCAUCCCCUUUGGGCCCCAAAACCCCCCCAGGAACAGCCUGAACGAAUAUUUCAAGGACAGCAGAAAUGUGAAGAAGCUGAAAGACCCCACCAUGCGCUUCAAGCUGCUGAAACACACGCGGCUCAACGUGGUGGCUUUCCUCAACGAGCUCCCCAAGACCCAACACGACAUCAACUCCUUCGUGGUGGAUAUCUGCGCCCAGACGAACACGCUGCUUUGCUUCGCCGUCCACGGGAUCUUCAAGGAAGUGGACGGCAAAUCCCGAGACUCGGUGCGGGCCUUCACCCGGAUGUUCAUCGCCGUGCCGGCCGGCAACGCCGGGCUUUGCAUCGUUAACGACGAACUCUUCGUCCGCCACGCCCCGGGGGCGGCGGCGCUGGAAGUGGCGACAGCGGUUCCGCGGGACGUGGUGCUGUUCCGCCACGACCGGGACCGAUUCUUCCGUUUGGCCGGAUUCUUUUGCGCAGGGCAAGGCCUUUUCUGGACUUAUCUGGCUCAUUUCGCCUUCACGGCCCUUCGUCCCGCCGCGGGCCCCGGUCCCGACGAUCCCCUCCGGCCCCGCGAUAACAAAUGGCGCUUUGGAUUCACCGCCUCCUGCCUCACCCUCGGCUCGUUGAUCGUGGCAGCCGGUUGCCUCUUCCCGCUCCGCGCCGUCCGCCGGAUAACGCUGCUGCGGGGAGGAACGGAGGUGACCAUCAGCACCCACGGACCCUUGGGGCUGGGCCGCGGCCCCACCGUCACCGUCCCCUUACGCCACGUCUCCUGCCGCGCUCACCGCUCCGAGGUCCCGGCCGCCGUCCCCCUCAAGGUGAAGGGACGCCCCUUCUUCUUUCUGCUGGACAAGCGGGGACAGCUCUGCCACCCCCGCCUCUUCGACCUCACCGUCGGCGCCUACCGCAAGCUUUAG